CAGUUGCACACAGAGAACACUUGCGUUUCAGGGAAGUGGAUAUCAGAAAGACAAACUCAUGAAACAUUCAUGAAGCACCGUAAGUUUGUUUUACCAACGUUAGUUGCUGCAUGUGCUUACAAUAAUGUGGAGUUCUAUUGUUGAUAUGAGUCAUUGGUGGUUAGUGAGGUUCCACCUUCACUGUGAAGCUCUUUGAGUGUUGUGAGAAGCGCUGUAUAGAUGUGACUGUACGCAAUAUGUUCAUGAUCUGGAUUAUAUUGUGAUAAGAAACAUGUGGUGUUCCGGUAACACAUAUGGUCAUUGAGGCAGCUGCGGCCUACUACUUAGGGCUUCGGGCUGGUAACCAAAGGGUUGCCGGUUCAAUCCCUGACCGGUAGGAAAAAUAUGGGUGGGGAGAGUACAGUAGUUGAGUGUGUGCUGUGUGUGUUCACUAAUCCACGGAUGGGAUAAAUGCAGAGACCAAAUUCCUUGUAUGUGCAGGUAGACUUGGCUGAGCAGCGCGAUGCACAUGAUUUACAUGUACACCUAUGUUGGUUAAUGUAUAUGUUGCACACUUGAAGAAAUGAUGUCUGGACAACAAGUGUGUCGAAGGUUCUUCGUUUUCAACUCUAUCAUGAAAUACAUUCUGUAACACGCUCUCUGUGUCUCAUCCUUUCUCUCUAGGUUUCGUUCUCUACUUAAGUUUCGAUUUCCUCUCUUUACUCAAUGCUCUGAACUACUCCCUGAACAAUCCCACAUUGCCACCUAGUGGACAAAAAUGAUAAUGUCAUCGUGAUUAUCUCACAAAUCUAAAAGGUUGAAAAGAACACAAUAAAGCAAAUAAAAUAAAUCAUGGGGGUGUACACUGCACAUAUGGUGUCAAGCUUUGGCUGUGGCUUUGGCUGUUGUGUUCAGCCGUUGUGUAAAUGAUUGAUUUCAAAACUACAGCGAGCGCAAUAGAAAAAUGUCACAAUAUUUCCUGAGGCAGAAUAGGCCUUGUAGGAAAAUGUCACAAUAUUUCCUGACCAUUUUUUUUAAGAAGGAAAAGCAAAAAAACAAAGAACACAAUGUUUUAACGCCUGUAAACAUUUUGAUAAAACACUGAAUGUGACGAAUACGUUUUAUCAUGUAAUCAACCUCAAAUGCACGAACACAACAGUAACAACACUUUGAAGAGAGUUUUGAAAAUGUACAGUGUACAAUGCUCCAGUAUUUAUGUGAACAUGUUGGGGAGUAUAGCAAAAAAGUGUUUGGGGGUGUUUCUGGACUGUCAUAAAAUAUAUGCCCUAAAGCUGUAGAGAAACCUGCGAACAAAAAAACGAAAGCAUUGAAGAAGCUGCAUAGUUUCCCUUUAAGCGCUUAAAAAGAGCUGGGAGGGUAUGAGUGAGCUAGUAAGGUGGAUUACACACACGCACUGGCACGCCCCAAUAUAUAAUGAGUCCAAAAUGAUUAGGCUAGCAUACACAUACACAUAAAUUCAUAUUUAUGAGGGUUGAAACACGCUUACUCCUCCUCCUGUCAAGCUGCAGUGCCAUGCUUGUCUUGUCUGAUGUUUGAAGUGCUCUCAGACCAUGUUACAGGUCAAAACUGCAUUCUGAUUGGAUCAUCAGUAUCCAAUCAGUAACACAUAAUUAUUCAAAUAGUGAAAUGUCAGAUUUUUAUUGGUUUAGACGUCCAUUGUAAUGGAUGUGGGGUCUGAAGGGGUUAAGAGCUUAACAAGAGUUGGGAAGGUACGAGUGAGCUGUUAAGGUGGAUUACACACAAGCACUGGCACGUCCAAAACACACACACACACACACACACACACACCAGCUUGUGUGUGUCUCUCACUGUGUCGUAGUGUCAAUCUCUAAUUUCAACAUAAUAUUUUUUAUAUAUAUAUGUAUAUUUCAUUCUUACAUAUUUGGUUAGAGAACAGAUGUGCGUACCCCGUUAUUGUAUCUACUGUAUGCAUAAACUGGUGUUAGUGCUGUGUGAUCUGUAUGUUGGUCUUUCUCUCUCAUUGUCCAGUGUAAGAUCAGGAGAUCCCAGGAAAAGGGGUGUGUUGGCCUAACAUGAGUUCCAGUGAAGAAGAGGACCGUGAGCCUGUGGGGUAAAGGCACGUUUAGACUUGCUGUAGACAACGCAUUCGUGUACGCAUCAUGGCUGCCUCGCGUAUUUUGCGGUCGUUUGGUGCGUCGGUCGUGCACGUCGUCGCAAGCGAACACGACGCGUCCGCGAGAUGCAAUACUGACAAGAAAGUAGGGGGCGAUCAUUGCCAAACGAAAGUGACUGCAAGAUGCAUUAUCGACAUCAAAGCUGGGGGCAAUCAUGAGAGUAAACAAUGGCACAUGGCCACAUCCACAUCUGAUAUUAGGCUAAUAGUCUCCCCCUGGUGAAGACCUCCAGUAAGGUGCGUAAUGCUGCAGCGACUCUGUACACAGGACACAGCAGGUCGCACACGGUCGCAUACGCUUACGUUUGGUCUAACGGCAAGUAUAAUCCCAGCCUAAGACAACAGCAGCGACAGCAACAACAGCACACUAGACUUAAAGGGACACUUCAGCGAUUAGCAUUAAGCUUUGUAUCUUUAGACAACCAGUCGUGUUUUUGAAUGGCCGUGCAUCAUUCCCUCAGUUAGCCUCGAGAUGGGAGAAAUACGGAUUUCAAUGAAAAUAGGACUUCCUGCUUUCAAUGAUGUAAAAUGAUGAUUUUUACAUCAUUGAAAGCAGGAAGUUCAACAUUGAAAUCCGUAUCCGUAUCCGUAUGUGUGUGUGUGUGUGUGUGUGUGUGUGUAUACAGCCCCAUCCUGCAGAAGAGAUCAUCAUCUCCUGUACCGAGCUGUGUGUCCAUGAAGAGUGACCGGUCCAUGGAUCAACCAGGGAACUUUGCAGAAGGGGAUGUUCCUGCUGGUCAGAGCCUCCUUCAGCCGAAGAGAUCACCAUCUCCUGUACCGAGCUGUGUGUCCAUGAAGAGUGACCGGUCCAUGGAUCCUCCAUUGAACUUUGCAGGAGAAGGUGUUCGUGCUGGUCAGAGCCCCAUCCUGCAGAAGAGAUCACACUCUCCUGUACCGAGCUGUGUGUCCAUGAAGAGUGACCGGUCCAUGGAUCAACCAGGGAAAUUUGCAGAAGGAGGUGUUCCUGCUGGUCAGAGCCCCAUCCUGCAGAAGAGAUCACACUCUCCUGUACCGAGCUGUGUGUCCAUGAAGAGUGACCGGUCCAUGGAUCAACCAGGGAAAUUUGCAGAAGGAGGUGUUCCUGCUGGUCAGAGCCUCCUUCAGCCGAAGAGAUCACCAUCUCCUGUACCGAGCUGUGUGUCCAUGAAGAGUGACCGGUCCAUGGAUCAACCAGAGACAUUUGCAGGAGGAGCUAUUCCUGCUGGUCAGAGACACCAACUUGAUCUAGUUAAUAUGCAGCAGAUCCACAAAUCCCACCUGCUGAAGAAGUUUCAGUCUCUGAUUGAGGGAAUCCCACAGCAGGGAGACACCAGACUCCUCCAUGAGAUCUACACAGAGCUCUACAUCACAGAGGGGGGAGAAGGAGAUGUCAAUGAUGAACAUGAGGUCAGACAGAUAGAGAGGGCAUCCUGGAGAGAAGCAGCGCAAGGCAUCAAAUGCAGUGACAUAUUUAAACCUUUAUCUGACAAAGACAAACCCAUCAGAACAGUGCUGACAAAGGGAGUGGCUGGCAUUGGAAAAACAGUCUCCGUGCAGAAGUUCAUUGUGGACUGGGCUGAAGGAACAGCUAAUCAGGAUGUCCACUUCAUAUUUCCUCUUCCUUUCCGGGAGCUGAACCUGAUGAAGGAGAAGAAACUUAGUCUGAUGGAUCUUAUUCAGCACUUCUUCCCUGAAAUCAAAGAUCCAAAAAUCUUCACCAGUUCAGCAAACAGAGUUGUGUUCAUCUUUGAUGGUCUGGAUGAGUGUCGACUUCCUCUAGAUUUCCACUCCAACCCAAGGUGUUGUGAUGUGACAGAAGCAGCCUCAGUGGACGUGCUGCUGACAAACCUCAUCAAGGGGAAUCUAUCCUCUGCUCUCCUUUGGAUCACCACCCGACCAGCAGCAGCCAAUCAGAUGCCUCGUAAGUGUAUGGACCAGAUGACAGAAAUAAGGGGAUUCAACAACCCACAGAAAGAGGAGUACUUCAGGAAGAGAAUCAGUGAUGAGAACCUGGCUAGCAAAACCAUCACACACUUGAGGUCAUCCAGGAGCCUCUACAUCAUGUGUCACAUUCCAGUCUUCUGCUGGAUUUCAGCCUCUGUUGUAGAGAGCACAUCAAAAGAAUCAGAGAGUGUAGAAAUGCCAAGGACUCUGACUCAAAUGUACACACGCUUCCUCAUCAUCCAGACAAAUAUGAAAAAUGUCAAAUAUGUAGAGAGAAAAGAGACAGAUGAAGAGGUGAUUUUCAAACUGGGGAAACUGGCUUUCCAACAGCUGGAGAAAGGCAAUCUGAUCUUCUAUGAGGAAGACCUGAGAGAGUGUGGAAUCGAUGUCACAGAAGCAUCAGUGUAUUCAAGUGUGUGUACUCAGAUCUUCAGAGAGGAGUCUUGGCUGUACCAGGGUAAAGUGUUCAGCUUUGUGCAUCUGAGCAUCCAGGAGUUUCUUGCAGCUCUCUAUGUGUUCCUCUGCUUCAGCAACAGACAGAGAAACAUGCCUGACCAACAGCAAACCUCUCAGCUCUCUGCUCCGUUCAGAGCUACAACACUUUAUGGCCUACACAAGACUGCAGUGGACCUGGCCUUACAGAGUAAGAAUGGACACCUGGACCUUUUCCUCCGCUUCCUUCUGGGCCUCUCACUGGCGUCCAAUCAGAAUCUCUUAAAGCAUCUACUGCCACAGAGCAGCAGCCAAUCAGAUGCAGGACAAGCAGUGCAGUAUGUCAAACAAAACAUAAGAAAACAGAGUGAGUCAGACAGAAGGAUCAACCUGUUCUACUGUCUGAACGAACUCAAUCACCAUGCUGUGGUGGAGAAUAUUGGCUGGAGAUCAGAAACUCUGCGUGUAGACAUGCUCUUACCAGGACAAUGGACGACAAAGAGAUUUAAGU